CAAACUCGUCUCCGUCUCGCCGCCCGUUCACUCGAUCAGUCAGUCGCGCGUCGGUUUGGAGUAACCGUAUACUUAACUCUUAUUAACAUUAGUAAUUAAUAUAAAACCAGAACAAUCAUGAGCUCCAAUGAAAAUAACAGUGAAGUGGCCGUAGACAAGGUCGGGGAUGAGAAAACAGGAGACGCUAAAAGUGACCUGAAAGGAGCCAAAAGGGCAGCAGAGGAAAAAGCGACAGAAGCGAAAAAGGCGCGAAAGGAAGAAAAUGGCGGGGGUGGUGAAGAAGAGCCUCACAGUGAAGAUGAGGAUCUAGAAGGAGAAGGUGAAGAGGGAGAAGAUGAUGAUGAGGAAGUAGAGGGAGAGGAAGGUGAAGAAGACGAGGAGGAAAUUGAAGGCGAGGAUGACGAUCUCGAAGAUGAAGAAGUUGAAGAGGAGCUAUUAGACGAACAAGAAGAGGAUGACGCGUAAUACGUCUCGUGCUUCUUUUUAAGGACAAUGUCACAGUGUAGUUAUCAGUGCAUGUGAUGCCCGGUUAUGGCCUCGUCUCGCCCCAACUGACAAGCGACAGCGUACCAUCAGCAAGCAUAGCCCAGUUGAGAACACUCGGGGCCUACGCUCCCACCUAUAACGGGUGCACCUCUGUUUAAAUGACAAGAAUGUAAUUAAGUCUAAAUCCAGUGCAGAUUUUCAAUUUUUUACCACGUUUAAGUUCGGUACUGAUGCUGUAUCAUUAUUUUUAGGACUGGUUGCAACAAAUAUUUUUAAGACUUAGUAGAAUGCUGUUGAAUUUUGUCAUAAAAUGUACAAAUGUGUUUUUGAAAGUAAACUUAAUUUCUAAGUGAAUCCAUUCUGUAUUUAGGUUAACCUGUGAGCCCAAAUGGCGAAGUUGUGAUAUUUUUCUACAGUUACAGCUUUAUACUAAACUGAAGUAUAGACAUACCCGCGUGACUAUUUUUAAUAGAUUAAGCGAUUAAGUCACAAAGCUCAAUCCUUCAUUUUAUUGUUGUUGAUGAGAGUUUGUGUGUACAUAUUUAGCGUAAGUGAAGCCUGAGAUUUAUAAUAAUGUAAAAUAGUGUGAUUAUCGCAUGCAAGUACAUCUGGUUUUAAUUUUUUCUAACAAAUCAGAUCACCCCAGUCACCCUCGGUCUGGCGUCAGUUUUAAAACUCUGCGGAACGAAUAAUGAAUUAUAAAUUAUUUUGCGCUGUAUAUCUUGAGAAAUGAGUCCAAGGAGUUGAAGAGUUGCGACAGAGUACAUUUAAAUACUUUAGCCGCCGCAAACUUCUCAUACGUAUUCCAUACGAAUGCUUUAUUAGAAAAACAUCACAAUUUUGCCAUUAUCUUGUGCACAUCGCACGCCCGCCGCUCGCUCCCCUAACGACUGAUAAAGAGAGCGCGACGGUCGCCGCGCUGCGAUAGCGAGCCUUCAUACCUAAAACCGGCCUGUAAUUUUGUCCAUAUUUAAUUAGGAUGGUAAUACCUUUGGUUCGGUAUUUGAAUGUUUCGAAGAAUGGAAUAAGAGAUUCCUAGGUUAACAAGUUAGUAUGUAGGUUGGUACGUUAUAAUUUACGAGGGGACGCAACGGGAGCCGGCGGGGGGGUGCGCGGCUAGAAGCGUCAGCGUCUCCCCUCCCGCGGAGCGCGUGGCCUCGUUCGAUUUGCCGCGCACCGGCUUGGGUCCCCGCGCCCCCGCCCCGCCGGCGUCUGUCGCGACCGACACUUACCAAGCCACGGCAACGCGUCGGCCACUCGUGGAAAAUCACCCAUUGAGCGCGAUCCAUCGGUCGCCGGCCGGUGGCGGUUCGGCGGGCGAUGUAUGACAAAGCCGUACACUGUCGCCCGAGCGUCGUUUCUAUCAUAUUUUAUAACAAGCAGAUAUUUUGCUCGCCGUUCACGCUGUCGUCUCUCGCUGGAUGCCGGACGAUUAAACAAUAACACAUCGCAAAUGGUUAUUUUUUUACCUGACACCUGGCAUCUAGAAGAGAACGCGGUGUGAAUCGAACCAUGCAGCUUUAGUAAAUACCUCUCCGUUGGCGUUUUAUACCAAAUGGAGAAAUUAUGAAUACGUUAAUAAUAAAUGACAUUGAAAUAAAAUUGGAAAUAAAUUGAAAUAUAAAUGAAAUUUUAUAAUUAAUCCCGUCGUCCCGCCUUUCGUUUUAUGGUAAGAUUGAGCUGUCGCAUAUUGUGUACGAUGUACGGCUAAUGUGAAUACCUUAGUACGAUUUAUUUAUUUGUGAUGUUGAACACAUUGAUUUUCUACAAUGGACGAAAUGUAAAUACAACCGAUUUUAAGUAAAACGUUAUUUUGUU